CACCUGUGUUGUACCCAGCAUUAAGGUUUGUGCAGUUGACUUCGCAUCGUGCGAGCGGCUUCCUCCGCGCGUGCGAGCGCUGCACCGAGGGGAAAAACGUGGUUCAUUGUGCGCGGCCGCGCAGCGAGCAGCCGGGUCCGCCGCGCACGGGGGUGGCCGCAUCCCUCCCGCCCUUCAGCGCCUGCGGAUCGUGCUGUCUGUCCUUUGCGGGCCAAAUGUUGACAUUCGCAAUGAUAUCCAUGAGCUGAAACGCCUGGAGAACUGUACGGUAAUCGAGGGUUUCCUUCAAAUUCUGCUCAUCUCUAAAGCAGAGGAUUACCGCAACUUCCGCUUCCCAAAGCUCACUGUCAUAACUGACUAUUUGCUGCUGUUCCGUGUGGCAGGCUUGGAGAGUCUCAGUGAUCUCUUCCCCAACCUCACAGUCAUUCGUGGGAGGAACCUCUUCUACAACUAUGCCUUGGUUAUCUUCGAAAUGACAAAUCUUAAAGAAAUUGGGCUUCACAACUUGAGGAACAUAACCCGCGGGGCCAUACGGAUCGAGAAGAACUCUGACCUAUGUUACCUCUCCACAGUGGACUGGUCUCUUAUCCUAGAUGCAGUGUCCAAUAACUACAUUGUUGGGAAUAAACCUCCAAAGGAAUGUGGGGACUUGUGUCCAGGAACAAUGGAAGAGAAGCCAUUGUGUGAGAAGACAUCUAUUAACAAUGAGUACAACUACCGCUGUUGGACCACCAACCACUGCCAGAAAA